AUAAGUCAAAACACAAAAGUGUCAAAGACUUCGGACACAGCGGAAAAGUGCGAUCAGUCCAUCACGACGCCACAUUCAGCCAUUAAUAAUUGCCUCCUCAUUCGGCCUAAAACCUCAUCGGAAAAUAUGGCUGCAACGAACUCCACCGCCGUCCACGGCCACAUGAUGCACAUGACCUUCUUCUGGGGAAACAGCGCCGAGAUCCUCUUCUCCGAUUGGCCGGGAUACGGCCACCACGGGAGGUAUAUUUUGUCCCUGGCCGUCGUUUUCGCCCUCGCCGUUCUGGUGGAGUGGCUGUCGAAUUCCGAUUUCCACUCCGCAGAUUCCGCGAAUCGGGCGGCGGCGGCGCUGCUCGAUACGGCGGUGUACGGAUCCAGAAUGGGCCUGGCGUAUAUUGUGAUGCUGGCGGUGAUGUCUUUCAACGGCGGCGUGUUUAUCGCCGCCGUCUCCGGCCACGCGCUCGGCUUCUUCCUCUUUCGGACCGCGGCUCUCAAAGAUCCGCCGGUCACGUCGUACGUGAAGAGAUCGGAUCUAACUUCCGAUGAGCUGUAAAAAAGGAGAUGAAGGAAUGAAGCAAAGCCUUUUGUAUACUGUACUUGUUUGUUGAUAAAAUCAAUUUCUGGUUAUGAUUAUCAUUUGGGCACUUCUCAAAUCUGUAAUUUUGUUUUCUUGACUAAAGAUCAAAUUACUGCGUCGUGAUCAAACUUCGAUUUUAGUCCAUCCCAUUAUCCUCACACUUUUUUUUCCUGCUAGAGCUUUGAGGAGGGUUCCUUUGUGGCUCUUCCCGGAGGAAGUGGUCAAAUUAGAAGAAUUAUGUCCCCCGCGAACUCUAAAUGCAAGUAAUAUUUUUUCAAGGGCAUCACUAAUGGGGAGGAAAGGAGGAAUAUGAUGAUGUGGAGGGGGAAGAGAAGAAGAAUGAUUAGAAUAAAAAAGAUGAUAGAGAAGAGAUAAGAGUACGAGGGAAUAAUGUUCUCCUAGAGAGGAAAAAUAAAUCUUUGGUCUUUUG